AUGAAAUUGGUUCUUAUUUGUUUACUUUUAAGUAUUGCAAUUCCAUUCCUCGUUCAGCGCUUCCAGUCUGGUGUGAUUCCUUUAAAAAAUGUUUUAAGCGUCAAGGGUCUACCCCAAAAAACAUCGCUGAAUGCUUCUUUUUUGAUAUUUGCAGAAGAUGGAGAUUUGCUUGACGUUUUACAGACGAUUCGAACUGUAGAAGAUCGAUGGAAUAAGCGAUUUCAUUAUCCUUGGACAUUCUUCAGUACAAAAAAAAUCUCCUCAUUUUUUAUGGAAACUACGAGUUCUGUAGCAUCCGGAAAUUGUGAAUACGUUCAAUGGGACUCAACAGAAUACUAUGGGACAGGCUUAAAAGAUACUAUGUACUACUUGGAGCAAUCAGAAAAGCUUUCAAGUGAGGGAGUCAAAUACAGUAGAUCGGGAUCCUUUCAUCGAUACCAAGAAUGGAUUUUGCAUUCCCUGUUAUACCAUCCACAGCUUCGUUUUGAAUAUGUCUGGCGACUUGAACCUGGUCUUCGCUUCAAUUGCGAAGAAGAGUCAGAUUAUUUUGACGAAAUGAGAAAACAAAAUGCAACACUAGGAUUCACCAACCAUGUUUGCGAAACUAGGCGUUCAGGAAUCCUCGAACUAGAACAAGCCUUGAACAAGUAUGAGCAGGAAGGUAUGCCGGAUCAACCUCGCAUAGCAUGGGAGUAUUCCACAGAGGAUAUAUAUUGCAAAUUCUGGCCGUACGACGAAAUAAUUGCUUUACGAAAAUUUCGAGAGAAUUCUUCCUUUGUUCAGCUGACACAACACUUGCUCAACGAAGGGGGUAUUUAUUACUAUCGAUGGACUGAAUCUGAUAUACUCUCUUUAGUGUUGAAAGUAUACAACUCCUCAACUCUCCCUUUGGAUACAGCGGGAUACAUGUUUCGACCAGAUAUAAAUCAUUGCCCGGAUAUGGAGAGUGGAAGAUGUGCUUGCUAUGUAGACGAUUAA